ACGGAAGUUGCCGAACUUUGCCGACAUUUUCCGGAAACGACCGAGCUAAACCGACCGGUGCCGGCCUUCGACGCUCGAGGCGUUCCCGGCUUCCCGCCCGUUGCACGUUUGUUGUGUUUUGAUUAGCCGGGCGAGUGGCUCACGCUUUCUGUAUCGUAGCCGACCGGCGGUAGUAGCUGGUACGGCUACCCUAUGAGGCGGGGAAGUAGGCCUGCGUUUUCUGUGUAAACACCGGGCCAAACGCUGUGAGGCCAUGGCGGGGUUCUUCCAUAUGGACUUGGACCAACCGGAUGAGAAUGUAUCGGACGACGAACUGGAAGACGAAAUGGAAGACGUGGUUCAGAUCAGCAAACACGUGGACCGAUGCAGCGGUUUUGAAACUAACAUAGAUGACUGUGAGAAGUUUGAGAUUUCCGAGAACAGCGUGAACAAGGGAACCGAACAAAUCGGACUUGAGUGCUUUGAGCUGCUGAAGGUUCUGGGAAAUGGUACCUAUGGAAAGGUUUUUCAGGUUCGAAAGGUGUCAGGUUCCAACUCUGGGGAGGUAUUUGCUAUGAAAGUUGUGAAAAAGGCCAAGAUUGUUUGCAACGCAAAGGACGUAGAGCACACCAAAGCCGAGAGGAGCGUUCUGGAAAAGGUCAAGCAUCCUUUUAUAGUGGAUCUCUUUUAUGCCUUCCAGACAGCGGGAAAGUUGUACCUAAUCCUGGAGUAUCUCAGCGGUGGGGAGCUUUUUAUGCAACUGGAGCGGAAGGGCUUCUUUAUGGAAGACACAGCGUGUUUUUACCUGGCUGAGAUUUCAAUGGCACUGGGCCACUUGCACCAGAAAGGUAUCAUCUACCGAGACCUGAAGCCCGAAAACAUCAUGCUCACCAACAAGGGGCAUGUGAAGUUGACUGACUUAGGCUUGUGCAAAGAGUCCAUCCAUGAUGGGAUGGUCACCCACACCUUCUGUGGUACCGUCGAGUACAUGGCUCCGGAGAUCUUCAUGAGGAGUGGCCAUAACAGAGCAGUGGACUGGUGGAGUCUGGGGGCCCUCAUGUACGACAUGCUGACAGGAGCACCUCCGUUCACUGACGAAAACCGAAAAAAGACCGUGGACAAAAUUUUAAAAUGCAAACUCAGUCUUCCACUUUACCUCACUCAAGAAGCCAGAGACCUCCUCAAAAAACUUUUACAGCGAAGCGCCUCAUUGCGACUGGGGGCAGGGCCAGAUGACGCCAGCGAGGUGCAGGCCCACCCUUUCUUCCGCCAUACCAACUGGGAGGAGCUCCUAGCACACCAAGUGGAACCUCCAUUCAAACCUCUCCUGCGAUCGGCCGACGACGUCAGCCAGUUUGACUCCAAGUUCACCAGCCAGCCUCCAGUGGACAGUCCGGAUGACUCCUUUCUCAGCGAGAGCGCCAAUCAAGUCUUCCUGGGUUUCACGUAUGUGGCUCCGUCCGUGCUGGAAAACGUCAAGGAGAAAUUCUCGUUCGAGCCAAAGGUCCGCUCGCCUCGCGAGCUCCCGGGAAGCCCGAGGACGCCUGUGAGCCCGGUGAUGUUCGCACGGGGCGACUGUUGGCCGCAGGGAGCCUCUGCGGAACAACCCAUGGAGAUGUCCACAAUGGAGCAAACGGACACGAGCAGCAGCAGCAGCGCCGCGUCGGAAGCCUCGGCACCGAUUCCCAUCAGGUGGCCGUCGAGCGGCGGUGAGCAGCUCUACAAAAAAAAAGCCUAUCCUCUGAACUCCAAAACACCGGAACACCUGCGGAUGAACCUAUGACGCUCGGCGCAGCCCCUUCCCCGCUCGCAGAAAUAAUGGGCCGCCACUGUUGAUGUCAUCACCAGCGCUUCCAUCUUCCAUUCCUCUUGGCCUUGCGCCAGAAUCUUGCUUUUGGUGCGAGUCACCAGUGUCCUUAUUUACCGUCGGUUUGGUUUCAUGGUGCUCUUCUUUCCUCAAAGGAAAACUUUGACCAAACAUGCCACCCGGCACCAACUUGUUUGCUAUUCACAAUGAAGUUGCAGUGAAAAAAGUCACGCAGUUUCUUUGUGGUGAAUGUAAAAAAAUCACAUGUCAAGUAUGAGGUGCCGUAUGGGCCACGAAUAACAUUUACCUCUUACACGCACCCAAAAACCUUUCACAUUCAAUAAGAAAUGCUCACAUAUAUCAAAAAGUCACAUUAAAAAAAACGACAC